AUAUUGCGUGUUGGUCAAGAAAUCGAAGUCCGUCCUGGAAUUGUAUCCAAGUCGGGUGAUGGCAAGGUUCAAUGUCGUCCAAUCUUUUCUAAGAUUGUAUCACUGUUUGCUGAACAGAACCAUCUUGAAUAUGCUGUACCAGGAGGGUUGAUAGGUGUCGGUACCAAGAUUGAUCCUACACUUUGUCGUGGUGACCGAUUGGUAGGACAUAUUCUUGGAGCUGUCGGUACUCUGCCCGACAUAUUCACCGAAAUCGAAAUAAAUUUCUUCUUGUUACGACGACUUCUUGGAGUACGUACCGAAGCAAAUAAAAAAGCUGCUAAGAUUGGUGAAAAGAUCGCUUUAUCCCGUCGUAUCGAGAAGCAUUGGCGUUUAAUUGGUUGGGGUACGAUUCGAAGAGGAAUGACUAUUGAACCAUACAAACCAGAGCGCUAA